CGCCCACGUCUUAGCCUGGACCUGCAGCAUCAUGGUUUCCCGUCUCACAGGCUGUCUCAGUGCCCUGGGUGCCCUCCUGCUGCUUGGUUCUCAGCUUGUGUGCCCGCAGCCCUCCACUGAACACAGAAAGGUCCCACAACGGAUGGCAGUGGCCGAGGGAACCCCAGAGGACAGUGGUGGUGGCUCCCCAGGUGUGUGGGGCUCCUGGGGCCCCUGGUCCGCCUGUUCACGCAGCUGCAGUGGUGGUGUGAUGGAACAGACACGGCCCUGCCUGCCCAGCUCCUACCGCACUCGAGGAGGCUCCCGGCCCAAUGGCCCUACACUAUCCAUCACUGGCCACGUUGUGUCAGCUGUACGGACCUCAGUACCACUGCAUCGAAGCCAGGAGGACCAACGUGCCCUGACUGGCUCCAGUGCCAGCCGCCAAGGCCCCACAGUGGUGCGAGGCAGCCGGCACCCACAGGCUCGGGCCCGUGAACCCUCAGAGAGAAGGAGCAGGACCCGAGGUCCCAUUGGCCCUGGCAAGUAUGGCUAUGGAAAGGCUCCCUACAUUUUACCGCUGCAGACGGAUACCACACACACCCCACAGAGGCUCCGGAGACAAAGGCCUUCAUCCAGGCACUCCAGGUCCCAGGAGGCAUCUGCUUCUAAGCAGGGCUACAGGCCACCAACCCAUCAGUUCUCCCACAACAGACCUCUCUACCAGAGCGACAGUGGCCCUCGUUCUGGAUUGCCGCCUUCUGACGCCUCUGUCUACCAGCUGCCUUUGACACAAGAUCAAAGCUAUCCUGCGGCUUCAAGUCUCUUCCAUAGCCCGGAACUGAGCAGUAAUAAUGGUGCUAGGCCCCAAGGGGCAGCUCAGGUCUUUCCCCAGCAUCUUCGAUCUACAGCGAUCUCCUGCAUCGGGGCCUAUCGGCAGUACAAACUGUGCAACACUAACGCAUGUCCGGAAAGUGGUAGAAGUAUCCGGGAGGUACAGUGUGCAUCCUACAACAACAAGCCAUUCAUGGGCAGGUUUUAUGAAUGGGAACCAUUUGCGGAAGUAAAGGGUAAUCGGAAGUGUGAGCUGAACUGCCAGGCAACUGGCUACCGCUUCUACGUACGGCAAGCUGAGAGGGUCAUUGAUGGCACGCCCUGUGAUCAGAACGGCACGGCGAUCUGUGUGUCGGGUCAGUGCAAGAGCAUUGGAUGUGAUGACUUCCUGGGAUCUGACAAAGUCGUGGACAAGUGCGGGGUGUGUGGAGGUGAUAACACAGGCUGCCAGGUGGUGUCGGGAGUGUUCAAGCAUGCCCUCACCAGCCUGGGCUACCACCGAGUUGUAGAGAUUCCCCAAGGAGCCACAAAAAUUAACAUUACAGAGAUGCACAAGAGCAACAACUAUUUAGCCUUGCGAAGUCGCUCUGGCCGCUCCAUUAUCAACGGCAACUGGGCAAUAGAUCGUCCGGGGAAGUACGAGGGCGGAGGGACAAUGUUCACCUACAAGCGACCGAACGAGAUCUCCAGCACUGCUGGGGAGUCCUUCUUGGCUGAAGGUCCCACUAAUGAGAUCCUGGAUGUCUUUAUGAUACACCAGCAGCCCAACCCAGGGGUCCACUAUGAGUACGUGAUCAUGGGGAACAAUGCCAUCAGCCCACAGGUGCCACCGCACAGGAGACCAGGCGAACCUUUCAAUGGACAGCUGGAAACGGAAGAUGGAGGUCAGGAGGACAGAGAAGAGAGGGAGAAGAACCAGGAGAAGGAAGACUCACGUGUCGAGGCCCCCCCUGAGGUAUUCACAUCAGAAUCCACGCAGACCUUCCCAGUCAGGCAUCCGGAGAGAUUCCCUUCCCACCGACCAGACAACUUGGUGCCCCCAGCGCCACAGCCCCCCAGGCGAAACCGGGACCACAACUGGAAGCAGCUGGGGACAACAGAAUGUUCCACCACCUGUGGGAAAGGAUCUCAGUACCCUAUCUUCCGCUGUGUGCACAGAAACACACAUGAGGAGGUUCCCGAGAGCUACUGUGACUCCAGCAUGAAGCCGACCCCAGAGGAGGAGCCCUGCAACCUCUUCCCCUGCCCAGCCUUCUGGGACAUCGGGGAGUGGUCCGAGUGCAGCAAGACCUGUGGCCUGGGCAUGCAGCACCGCCAGGUCCUGUGCCGCCAGGUGUAUGCCAACCGUAGCCUGACGGUGCAACCCUACCGCUGCCAGCACCUGGAGAAGCCAGAGACCACCAGCACUUGCCAGCUCAAGAUCUGCAGCGAGUGGCAGAUUCGGACCGACUGGACCUCGUGCUCCGUGCCCUGUGGUGUGGGGCAGCGGACCCGGGACGUGAAGUGUGUGAGCAACCUCGGGGACGUGGUGGGCGACGAGGAGUGCAACAUGAAGCUCCGACCAAACGACAUUGAGAACUGUGACAUGGGGCCCUGUGCGAAGAGCUGGUUCCUCACGGAAUGGAGUGAAAGGUGCUCAGCCGAGUGUGGAACUGGAGUGAGGACACGUUCCGUGGUGUGCAUGACCAACCACGUCAGCAGUCUGCCGUUGGAAGGCUGCGGGAACAACAGGCCAGCGGAGGCUACACCAUGUGACAAUGGGCCCUGCACAGGCAAAGUGGAGUGGUUCGCUGGCAGCUGGAGUCAGUGUUCUGUCGAGUGUGGCAGCGGGACACAGCAGAGGGAGGUGAUCUGUGUUAGGAAGAAUGAAGACACCUUUGAAGUGCUAGACCCUUAUGAGUGUUCCUUCCUGGAGAAGCCCCCGAGCCAGCAGGCCUGCCACCUCAAGCCUUGUGGAGCUAAAUGGUUUAGCACAGAAUGGAGCAUGUGCUCCAAGAGCUGUCAGGGCGGAUUCCGGGUACGGGAAGUUCGGUGCCUGUCAGAUGACAUGACCCCAGGUAGCCUCUGCGACCCCCAGUUGAAACCAGAAGAGAGAGAAUCUUGUAACCCUCAGGACUGUGUCCCUGAAGUUGAUGAAAACUGCAAGGACAAGUACUACAACUGCAACGUGGUGGUCCAGGCGCGCCUCUGUGUCUACAACUACUACAAGACCGCCUGCUGUGCCUCUUGCACCCGAGUGGCCAACAGACACACAGGCUUUCUGGGGAGCCGAUAACACUCCUGCCCUCCUGGGGUUACAACCAGUGCACCUGGCUGGUUGUUGCUCCACCGGGACCCCAUUCUCACCUUCAUAAAGCGUACCACAUGGUACCCAGGAUUAGAAAGCCAUGGCUGUCCCUUUGAGCAUUGCCCUAUCCUGAUGACGACCUUCCUUGGGUCCUGGUACCUGCUGAUGAUGCCUUCUGAAAAUCAAGCAUACAGCUCUCAUCCCAACUCCAGGCCUGCUGCCAUCCAAGGCAGCUGGACCACUGACCAAGCACAGCCUCCUUCCUGGUACUACUGGCCUGUCCAAAAAUAGAACGCCCUUGGAAAGUCAAGAGAGGGCAGCACCCCAUCCUGCGGCACCGACAAACCUUGCUGAGACCUGUGCACCUCUGUUACCUCAGCCCAGCUGUGUCCAAUGCCAUUCUUAAAGACAAUGGACAGUUUCCUGCCCCGGGAACAGAGGUAUCUCACCAUAGAGUGCUUUCUUGUUUAGCAGGUACACACAUUCUCAGACGUUAGCUCCCUGGAGGCUGCAGUGUCCCAGAAUGGGAGG